GGCACAUCUGCUGCCUGUGCUGGAAUAUGGGGCGUCUAUGAGCGGAUUGCUGCACACACACAUACACUGACAGAGCACAUCGUCAGCCAUAUAGCCAGUCUGUGCUGCAAUAGCCCAAUGCACCCAGCCAUGCCUGACACGUGCUGGAUCUAAUACCUGGCGCUGUGGAUUAUGAUUUAUUCUGCCCGGACUCUUAUUAUACAGAAUUUGUACCAAAACAGGUUCCUUGGACUGGCUGCAAUGGCCUCUCCUUCAAGGAACUCACAAAACAGGCGACGCUGCAAAGAGCCAAUGAGAUAUAGCUACAAUCCUGACCAGUUCCAUAACAUGGACAUCAGAAAUGGUGCACAUGAUGGCGUCACCAUACCACGAUCCACAAGUGAUACUGACCUGGUGACUUCUGAUAGCCGGUCAACCCUCAUGGUCAGCAGCUCAUACUAUGUGAUAGGACAUUCUCAGGAUCUAGUUAUAUACUGGGAUAUAAAGGAAGAAGUGGAUGCUGGAGAUUGGAUUGGCAUGUAUCUCAUUGAUGAAGUACUGUCUGAAAAUUUCUUGGACUACAAAAACCGAGGUGUGAAUGGCUCCCACAGAGGUCAGAUUGUCUGGAAGAUUGAUGCCAGCUCUUAUUUUGUGGAACCUGAAACGAAGAUCUGUUUCAAGUAUUACCAUGGUGUGAGUGGAGGUCUGAGAGCUACCACGCCGAGCAUUACAGUGAAAAAUCCCACUGCUCCAGUCUUCAAAAAUAUCAAUAAUGAAGAAACAGCAUCUAGCCAGGGCAACCGCAGGCUCAUCAGCUUCACAUUGUCAGAUUUUCAAGCUCUGGGGCUAAAGAAAGGAAUGUUUUUCAAUCCAGAUCCAUAUUUGAAAAUCUCAAUCCAGCCAGGAAAACACAGCAUCUUCCCAGCUCUGCCCCAUCAUGGUCAAGAGAAGAGAUCCAGGAUUGUAUGCAACACCGUCAAUCCUGUCUGGAAGAGAGAGCUGUUCAGCUUUGUCUCUCUUCCAACUGAUGUCUUGGAAAUUGAAGUAAAAGAUAAGUUUGCAAAAAGCCGUCCCAUCAUCAAGCGUUUUUUGGGAAAGUUGUCUAUGCCCGUGCAGCGUCUGUUGGAAAGACACGCCAUAGGAGAUCGUGUUGUCAGUUAUACCUUGGGUCGUAGACUUCCUACAGAUCAUGUCAGUGGACAACUGCAGUUUCGAUUUGAGAUAACUUCAUCCAUUCAUCCGGAUGAUGAAGAUGUCUCCAUUACUGCAGACCCAGUGGCAGUAGCAAGCCAUACAAGUCCCAUUCGCAUUCCUGCUGAGGAAGCAUCUAAUGGACUACAAAGGAGAACAUCAGUUUGUAUAGCAAACUCAGCGUUGUCAAAUGGAUGCAUUUCAGCUGGUGCUAGUGGCAGAACCUCUGCAGUUAACAGCACGUCUACUAGUCAAACCAGUUUACACAAAAACUCAAAAGAAACCACAGAAACGGAUUGUCUUUCAAUAAACGCUGACGAGAACAUGGAAUUUAGCCAAGCAGAAGUGACUUCACCUGGGGCUGUCUUGGAUUCCGACCAGGGACAGUCAGAAUCUACAACUGAAGAUUCUGAACCCAAAGUGGAGAAUGGAGAAGUUAGUGCUGCCAAUCAAAUAGUUGACACAGAUACAAUCAAUUCAGAUGAGGCAACUGUAUUAGUGGGGGCCUGCAAGGAUGAAGAGACAAAUCCACAAGAACCAUCAGGAUUAUGUCAGGAGCAGGAUACAGAACCUAAACUUAGAAACACAGUAAAGAGGAAAACUAGGCCUUGCUCGCUGCCUGUGUCAGAAUUGGAAAGUGUUAUAGCAUCAGCUUGUGGGGAGCCUGAAACUCCUCGUACCCAUUACAUUAGGAUUCAUAAUUUGCUCCACAGUCUCCCUUCUGCUCAGAUUUUAGGGGAUGGAGAAGAAGAGGAGCCAAACAGUGUGGAUAUUGAUGAAGAAUCCACCGUUAAGGAGCUUUCUGAAAAAGAUGUUGUUAGUGAGACAGAAACUGUAAUGCCUGACCCUACUUCUGAAAUUGUCGAAGAUGAAAAUGAUGAUCUAGAGAACAGUAGAAGUACUUUACCCCUUGAUAAUUCAAUUGAAAACCUCCCUAGUUGUAACCUUCUUUGUGUGGAUGGAGAUCUACCUAGAACUGAAAGUGAAAGUGGAUCUAGCCCUAGAUUACAUGGUGAUCAUGACUGUGAUACUUGUGACACCUCAUGCUACAGCACAUCUUGCUAUAGCACCUCUUGUUACAGCACUUCCUGCUACAGCCCUUCGUGUUACGAUAGCCACAACCGUUUCUCUAGUCACACACGCUUUUCUUCACUGGACAGUGCCAGGAUCUCUGAAAGUACUGUUUUCUCCUCCCAAGAUGAUGAGGAUGAAGAAAAUAGUGCUUUUGAAUCUAUGCCUGAUUCUAAUCAAAGCCCAGAGCCUGACAGAGACAAUAAUGAUGGCUCCAUACAAUGGUCAGAUGAUGUCUCUGGCCAAAGUGGGAAUUCAGACAGAACUUCUGGUGGUAUGGAUUCUCCUGUGGCAGGGCCAAGCAGUAGAAUAGAAGGUGAUGGUCCUUUUCCAAUUAACUCCCCAGCAACUCCACCUGUAACUCAACUUCCUUCGUUGAGGUCGGAUCACCAUCAUUACCCAACUAUAGAUGAACCUCUUCCACCAAAUUGGGAAGCUCGUAUAGAUAGCCAUGGAAGGGUGUUUUAUGUGGACCAUGUGAACCGGACAACAACAUGGCAACGUCCUACUACAGCAGCAACACCUGAUGGCAUAAGCAGAUCUGGGUCUAUCCAGCAGAUGGAGCAGUUAAACCGCAGGUAUCAAAAUAUCCAAAGGACAAUUGCAACAGAAAGGCCAGAAGAAGACGCUGCUGCUGCUGCUCACAGUGACAGAAUUCCUGGUGUUGGCGACUCGGAGACAGACCUUUCCCAGCCAAACUCUGAGCCAAGAAGAGAGGGGUCUCUAACAACUAUAAAUUCCCAAAAAAUCACCUUAUUGCUGCAAUCUCCAUCUGUGAAGUUUAUAACAAACCCUGAGUUUUUCACUGUGCUGCAUGCUAAUUAUAGUGCCUAUCGAGUCUUCACUAACAGCACCUGCUUGAAGCACAUGAUCCUGAAGAUCCGCAGAGAUGCCCGGAACUUUGAACGCUACCAGCACAACAGGGACUUAGUGAAUUUCAUUAACAUGUUUGCUGACACCAGGUUGGAAUUGCCACGAGGAUGGGAGAUCAAAACUGACCAACAGGGAAAGUCUUUCUUUGUAGAUCACAACAGUCGAGCAACAACAUUUAUUGAUCCGCGGAUUCCUCUUCAAAAUGGACGCCUACCAAAUCACUUGACUCACCGGCAGCACCUUCAGCGGCUAAGAAGUUACAGUGCAGGAGAGGCAUCAGAGGUUUCUAGAAAUAGGGGAGCAUCAUUACUGGCCAGGCCAGGUAGCAGUCUGGUAACAGCCGUUAGAAGUCAGCAACAAAAUGAAGCAGUACCUCUGGCUUAUAAUGAUAAGAUUGUAGCCUUUCUGCGGCAGCCGAACAUUUUUGAGAUGCUACAAGAACGUCAACCGAGUUUGGCCAGAAAUCAUGCACUCAGGGAGAAGAUUCAUUAUAUUCGCACUGAGGGUACACAUGGCUUGGAAAAAUUAUCAUGUGAUGCAGAUUUAGUAAUAUUGCUAAGCCUUUUCGAAGAAGACAUUAUGUCAUACAUUCCACUUCAGGCAGCUUUCCAUCCCGGUUACAGCUUCUCCCCACGUUGUUCUCCUGGCUCUUCACCGCAAAACUCUCCAGGACUGCAACGUGCCAGUGCCAGGGCUCCCUCUCCUUACAGAAGAGAUUUUGAAGCAAAGCUAAGAAACUUCUACAGGAAACUUGAAGCCAAAGGAUAUGGGCAAGGUCCGGGUAAAAUUAAGCUCAUUAUACGUCGAGAUCAUCUUUUAGAAGGCACGUUUAACCAAGUAAUGGCUUAUUCACGCAAAGAGCUCCAAAGGAAUAAGCUAUAUAUCACAUUUGUUGGAGAAGAAGGCUUGGACUAUAGCGGCCCUUCUCGGGAGUUUUUUUUCCUACUCUCUCAAGAGCUCUUCAAUCCUUACUAUGGCUUGUUUGAGUAUUCGGCAAAUGAUACAUACACUGUACAAAUUAGUCCCAUGUCUGCAUUUGUUGAAAACCAUCUUGAGUGGUUUCGGUUCAGUGGACGAAUUCUUGGCCUUGCCCUUAUCCACCAAUACCUCCUGGAUGCCUUCUUUACCAGACCUUUCUACAAAGCCCUUCUGAGGCUUCCCUGUGACCUGAGUGACCUUGAAUACCUGGAUGAAGAGUUCCAUCAAAGCUUGCAGUGGAUGAAGGACAACGACAUCACUGAUAUCUUGGAUUUGACAUUCACAGUAAAUGAGGAAGUGUUUGGUCAGGUCACAGAGAGAGAACUUAAGUCAGGGGGAGCAAACAUACAGGUGACAGAAAAAAACAAAAAAGAAUAUAUAGAGAAAAUGGUAAAAUGGAGAGUCGAGCGUGGUGUAGUUCAGCAAACAGAAGCGCUUGUACGAGGAUUUUAUGAAGUUGUAGAUUCCAGACUUGUGUCGGUGUACGAUGCCCGGGAAUUAGAAUUAGUAAUUGCUGGAACUGCUGAGAUAGACCUGAUCGAUUGGCGCAAUAACACAGAAUACCGAGGAGGUUACCACGAUGGGCACAUUGUUAUCCGGUGGUUUUGGGCUGCAGUGGAGCGGUUUAACAAUGAGCAGAGGUUACGACUCUUACAGUUUGUCACUGGGACAUCCAGUGUGCCAUAUGAAGGAUUUGCAGCUCUUCGAGGAAGCAAUGGACUGAGGCGCUUUUGUAUAGAGAAAUGGGGGAAAAUAACAUCUCUUCCAAGGGCACACACAUGCUUCAAUCGCUUGGAUCUUCCCCCAUAUUCAUCCUACUCCAUGUUACACGAGAAGUUGGUAAUAGCUGUUGAGGAGACAAGUACCUUUGGACUUGAAUAAGCAGAUGAAAGAAUUUCUGGUAUUUUCCAGGGCUGAAGUUUCCACCUUCCUUUCCCACAGACACAGGUUGUCGUUGUGGUCUAUUUUUCACCCGCCAUUUUGGUUAUUUACUUUUUUCUUUUUGCGUUCUUGUUACAAAAGAACCUACUUAUAAACAUGCAUGGGGAACUGGUUCCCUCCAAGAUCCUAUCUUUGUGCUUUCCUCCUCAGAUUUCAGCAAUCCACAAUUCUGUAUGCAAUAUAAAAAAAAUAUCACAAAUGAACUCAAGGCUCUGUAUAUCUCUGCAUACCGACGAAAUAAACAUACAGUACAGCUGCGUAUAGAACUGCAUAAACCAGGGUGAUUUUUUUUUUUAGUUCUAGCUCACAAAGAAAAAGAGAAUUCUGCAACAUAAUGUCAGAUGAUGUUGGACUUUCCCGCCAAAUUGUUUCAUGCUUCCUUUGUGUUCUCUGCAAGGAAACUGUUCCCUUUCUUAAUGCUGACUACAAAACAAAAAUAAGCUUAUAGUGCAGAGAGAAUAUAUAUUGAAAGGUCCCUAUUAUACAAAGCAAAUUAUCUCAAUUUAUCAAAAUAAGUGCCCACCAUAAUCUUUUUUUUUUUUUUUAAGAAGUAUUUUGAAAAUCUUGUGAA